GUCUCCAGACAGUGGAGUUGUAGUUACCAUGAUGGUAGCAGCUGUGCGGUCGGGUCAACUGUGAGAGACUGUGAUUGGGUGAUGUUGCAGCCUGUGCUCUCUCCGCAUUGUCCUGGUCAUCCUCUCAUGUCCGUGCAAGCCGCAGCUUUUUUCACGCGCUUGGUACAUGAUCACGCACCAUAAAGCCUAGCGCAGCCUCGUUCUAUAUUGCCGAUUCCGUGUGUGUGCGCGCGCGUGUGUGUGUGUGUGCUUGGUCGUAUAAGCUCUGUGAUUGGAGACCGGUUAACAGGUCUGCGACCGAGGAGCGUCCACUUCUUUUGCAUAAUCUCCGUGUGCCGCGCACUCUGCGUCCUCUGGAGGAUCCCGGUGCCCCUCGCGCUGAUUUUACAUCAGGGACUGUUUUUUUUCCCUCAGAAAUAAAUUAAGUCUGUUAGACAAUCUCCUCCAGGUUGUUGUGUUUUGUGGCGCAACAGAGCGCCGUGUGUGCGCUCAGCCUGUUCCACAAGAAGCGGAGUCUGGCUUGUGGCUGCUCAUCUGGCAGCAGGUGGUGUGACAUGUGGACGCGGGUGAAGUCACCGGCUCCUCCUGCGUGACUGUCAGUCAGUUAAAGCGCUCCGGACGUUAGAGGUGAGGGGGAAAGGUGACGGUGACACGGGAUGCUCGGCCAAUCUCCUCACCUGAUCGGAGGCAUCUUGUGGAUCCAGAAUCCAAUGAGAGCUGUUCAUUGCAACCUGAGCCAGAAUGGCAUCGACCACCAGAUGUGCCCAGAGGACGUGACAUCACAGCUGGAGGAAGAGGAGGAGUCGGUGGACGCUGGGGCUGUGCUGCUGGACGACGACAGUCCGAGCUACCAGGACAUCAGCCCUCCCAUGUACCAGCGCCGAUCGCCGCCACACCGCUCCGUCUCUGAGUCUGAACUGACACGGCCAGGAUAUGUGAAGCUGUCCAAGCCGGUGGCCCUGUGGACCCAACAGGACGUGUGCAAAUGGCUGAAGAAACAUUGUCCCAAUCAGCACCAGAUCUACAGCGACUCCUUCAAACAGCACGACAUCACAGGGCGGGCUCUGAUGAGAUUGACAGACAGAAAGCUGGAAAGAAUGGGUAUCAUGCAGGAAGCCCAGAGGCAGCACAUCCUGCAGCAGGUCCUGCAGCUCCGCGUCCGGGAGGAAGUCAGGACACUUCAACUCCUCACACAAGCCUCUCUGGAGUGCACUCCGUCUUCACCAUAGCCUGGCAGAGCGGGACUAACUGGUAACGUCCACGGCCUUGUAAAGAUCCACCCAACAUGUGAUCCACAGACUUCUCCGUUCCUUGUCUUCUUCAAAGACAGAUCUGGAAAAAAAAUUCUUCCCAGCCUCUCCUGAGAAGCUCCCACGAGUUCUGACUUGCCGGUUCCUCGCAGUCCAAACAAUUCCUCACAGCUUCCUGGAAUCUGACCAAUAGUUUCCAUUGCAGGCAUCCCAUCUCCUCGUCAUCUCUGACCUUUGCAGCCAAACCUUUACCAGAUCUCUCACGCUAUAACUCCUACACUCCUCCCAGACGCCGCUUCACUCCCUCAAGAACCACAGCCGACAGCCAAGCCCCCCCUAGUCAUCAUCUACCCAGAAUUCAACACUUGCUUGGCUGGGUUUCCUAAAAGCAUUUAAGAUAAUCUCUGCAGCGUUGCCUUGUGAUUGGACGGUAGUUUGUGUGUGCUGAUUUUGCUUUUAGGGAACUCGCCUGCCUUUACACUAAAGACUGACACCUAUAAUCCACUCAUUCAUUCAAAUGCAGUCUCUUGCUCUGUGUGUGGCAUGUUAGCUCCUUCAUCGUAGCACUUUAAUGUGUGUGUUCUCCCAUGAGUACUUUUGUGGUGCACUGCUGAGCCUGAGACUUUCAGUAGUGGAGACAUAAUGACUGCCCACAAGACUACUACUCUACACCUGAACCCCGAACACCCUGAACUGCAAAAUGUUUGAGACAUCUAACACGACGGUCAUUCUGUGCAUAGAUCCUGUAAAACCCUCGAGUGUCCAUAUCCUUUUCUGCCCUCUCCUUAUUAAGCCUGAGAGAACUUCACUGUGAUAACCAACAGUUAGUCUGGGAAUUAACCCAGAGCCUGGCGUCACAUUAGGUACGGUUAAGUUGGUUCCCACGUCGUGAACGACAUUGUUGCGAAAAAAGCAAUCUGAAGGAGAUGAAGCAGAACCCGAAAGAAAAAAAGAACCGUUACGAGGAAAUUCCCUUGGCGUCCAAAAAGGGACUGUGCCAGUAGGUAAACUGAAACAAAGAGAAAGGGAGUGGCUGAGAGAGAGAGAGAGAGAGAGAGAGAGAGAGAGAGAGAGAG